UUGUGCAUCCUUCCCAAAAGAUAGCGGUCACACAUAGUAUGUUCGAAAUAGCCUUGGCUAGGAAAGCAAGUAUAUAUAUAUAUUGCAACAGAGUCAGUUUUAGGGAGCAAGAUUUUCGUGUCAUGGACAGCAAACAAUGACCAAGUAUGGAACUGAUGGAAUCUCAAUCAUUGGAUCAACACAAGAAAUGAUGCUUAAAAGCAGGGAAUUUCAAAGGCUUUGCUUUCCAAGUGGUAAAACCACAGUACAAAAAAUCCAAAUGUCUGAUGUUGCAUAUUAUGGAUUUUGGACAGCAAUGAUGACCCGAAAAUUUCCCAGUCUAAUCAUAACAAUUUGUAGCUAUGGUCUGUGUUUACUUAUUGUAUAUAAGUGUGUAAUUUAUACGCACGGAUUAUAACGGUUUUUGUUCAUCCUAAUUUACUGAUUUUUCAUACUUAAAGCCCCAAAAAACAAACUCUGGUACACCUAACACGAAAAUAAUUUGUUUUGUAAACUUGAACCAAUGGACUUGAAAGUAUGGAAUGGUUAUAAUACCUAAUCCAUAUAAUCAUAUCAUUCAUCAACUCCCUUUAUCCUAACCAUGUAUAAAUAGAUCACAAUCCAUUCAUUGUUUGCAUCCAAUUCAAAAGAAUCGCCAUCAAACACAUCUCUCUUCCAUAUAUCAUUAAAUGACAACCUCCAAUUCCAACGUUUUUCAACUCAAAUCCAUAUUCACAUUCCUUGUCAUUCUAGCUCUCACAACCACCUCAGCACGUAGAAUCCUUGAUGAGGACCCUGGAGUAUCUGCUGUUGCAGGUGAAGAUGAUCAUAUCUUUUCAUUCUUCAUGCACGACAUUCUAGGAGGUUCAAACCCAUCAGCAAUAGCGGUAACCGGUAUAGCAACCAACCCAUCACUAAGCGGACAAGUCCCAUUCGCUAAGCCAAACGGUGCAGUUCUAGCAGUAGAGAAUGGUGUUCCUGUUACCAGCGGAAUCAUCAGCAACAACAACAUUCCUUUUCUCACCGCCCUAAGCGGGACAACUCCCAACGUAGUCCAAAACAACAUCAUCGGUGGAGGAAACGGAUACCCUGCCUUAAACAUGGCUCAAUUAGGAUCAGGAAUAACAUUCCAAAAACUCAUGUUUGGUACACUAACUGUAUUCGACGACGAAUCAACACAAGGUCAUGAACUCAACUCAGGUUUAGUUGGAAAAUCUCAAGGAUUUUACGUAUCAAGUUCAGAAGAUGGAACUAGUCAAACAAUGGCAUUUACAGUAAUGUUUCACAGUGGAAGUUAUAGUGACAGUCUGAGCUUUUUUGGGGUUCACAGAGUUAGAGUUUCAGAAUCACAUCUUGCUAUUAUGGGAGGAACUGGAAAGUACGUAAAUGCUAAGGGAUUUGCUACUGUCAAGACAUUUCCAGCUGCAAAUCAAGAGACAGAUGGUGUACAGACUCUGUUGCAUAUUACUGUUUAUCUUGAUUGUUAAUUAAUUCCUUGUACAUAAUUUAUUUGUUUUUUUCAAUGAAUUGUUGUGUUUUCUUUUACAUCUUCUAUUCAAACUCAACUUAUUUC